CGGAUCCACCAUUUGCAGAGGUGUGUGCUGUGGUUGAAACCAAGCCAUCAUAGUCUUCUCUUUCGACUAAUUGGGUAAACAGAGCACGAGGUAGCUGGCCACCACAGCACACAGUAGAGACAGCCCACAACCACCACAAGUUUUCCAAUCUUUCUUUUUUACUAAGCACUUAAAACUUAGCCCCUUCAGUCCUUAAAAAAGCUUAAACUAUGAGCAACUCCACUGCAGACCACCUCACUAGUCACCUUUCACAAGACACAGACCCUACCCUCAAUUACUCAAUUUCUAACAACAAUAACAGCGACAACGCCACCGCAGCCGCAGCCAAUGCCACCACCACCUCCAGCGGCAGUGACCUCUCUAGUGGUAGCACCAGCUGCAAUAACAACAAAAAGGGCAAAGGCAAAGGAGGACCUGACAAUAACAAGUUCAGGUAUAGAGGAGUGCGACAGCGUAGUUGGGGAAAAUGGGUGGCCGAGAUCCGGGAGCCACGAAAGCGCACGCGUCGGUGGCUAGGCACCUUCGCCACCGCAGAAGAUGCUGCGCGAGCCUAUGACCGCGCAGCCAUUAUCCUCUACGGUUCGAGGGCUCAGCUCAACCUUCAACCCUCAUCGGGUACUGGCGGUGAAAGCGGCGGAGCACCCUCUGAUCAAUCUUCAUCAAGGUCCUCAAAUUCAUCAUCUUCCACGCAAAACCUACGUCCGCUUCUUCCUCGGCCAUCCGGGUUCGGCCUGACUUUCUAUUCUGCACCAGCUUCUUUGCCUGUUGCUGGUGGCGUGGUGGCGGGUUAUGCUCCGUACGGAUAUUACCCCGCUACCGUACAACAGUACCCUAACAUGGUACAAUGUCAGCAAAAUCUAGCCUUACAAGAGCCACAACCGCAACGUCAGCAACCAGAAGAGUACCGUACUAGUACUAUUGCUAGAUGUCAUGAUAUGAAUGUUGUUCUUGGGAUUGUUGACUCCAGUAGUUAUAUUACUACUACGAGCGGUGCAAACCCUAAUCAUGAACAGCAACAACAAGAACAACAAUAUUGUCAUAAUCCAAGUAAGUUAUUGUACGAUGAAGUGAACUCGCUCGUAGGGUCAGUUGGGUCUAGCUUGUCUCUUUGUUGCACCCAAACAGUGGCUGCAGCACCUGCACCAUCAGUUUCGGAAUGCUCAGAUCCAACGGUGUCUGGAUGCCCCGGAUCUCCACCGUUGUGGCCUUUGACUAAUGAUGAUGAAUAUCCGCCUACUAGUAUUUGGGAUUAUGGCGAUCCUUCAGUUUUUGAUUUUUGACAAAUUCGUUGGACCCGGUUUCUUUGUUCAAGCCCAGGCGUGCAGCCUGCAUGCAUACUAUACCGAAAUCGGCUAUAAAUCUUGCCAUUGAUGCUGUCUUAUGUUAUACGUACUAGUAAUUGGAAGUUUCGGAUUUCAAUUGGAAGAAAGCAAGCAUUCUGUUGAUUGAUGUGGUAGAGUUUGUGAAAAACGAGCUACAAGAGUUGCACCAAUUGUCGGGUGUUUGACAAUUGACGUUGGACGACUAAUUGGAGGGCUCGAAUCUGAGAGUUCUUGACUUCCAUUGAGAUGAAGAAGCUGAUCAAGUGAUUAUUCCGGGAGAGGUUUUCGAACUGCAUGCGUUCAUUGGCCUAAAGCUACGUCAGGUAAGCAAGGAGAAUUAGGUUCUUUUGUGGUCUUGCUUUGAAAGGAAUGACUAGUUGCCAUUGCUAGGUUUAGAUUUUAGAAGUAGUUAUUAGAUGCUUCCUGGCUCUUUCACUUGGAAAAAUUAAAAAAAAAGAUUGUUGUUGAUUUAGUUUUGAUCGUUUUUAAUUUCCUUUGUUUCUCUUUUAUGUGAAUAAA